AUGGGGAAUAUGGCUGCGGCAUUUCCCAAUCUGCUGCACCAAGAGACGGAGACCGGGCUGGAUGAGGCGGUCAUGGAAGGUGUGCAACUGCCAUCUUUCAUAACGUUUGCGCCACCGACAAGCACGGGGGAUGGUGAGGGUGCGGCAGAUCAACCCGCCGCCGAAUCUACGCAAGACAUGCUCAAAAAGGAGCUGGGAUGCUAUUUGGGAGGGAAACUGUCUACCAAAGAAAUCCUGGAGAGCUGUCAGUUUCCGAACAAUGAGGACAAGGACGCUUACGUGUACUUUGACAUACUUGGCUACUGGAAGUCCAGGGCAAGCAAGCUCCCACUGCUCGCAAAUCUUGCCUCGUUUGUUCUGGCUAUUCAGGCAAGCAGCACAGAAUGCGAGCGCAGCUAUAGCACCGCGCUCUUCAUCAAGUCCGUGCUGCGCUCCGCGCUUUCCAGUGACUCCUUGGGAGGCAACGUCGUUCUUCGUGACAGCCCGGACCUUCUCGAAAAGUACCUUGGUGAGAUUGAAGAGACCGACACCGAACCCGAAUACGCAGAUCAAUAA